AAAGUGGCCCAGGUUAGCAACAAAUCUGUAAAAUUGUUUUCAAGGUUCGUAAAACCCUAGUAUAUAAAUUCGCUAUUCAAUUUUUGCUACCUUUCAACUCUUCGUUGUAGCCUCUCUUCCUCUAAGGUUAGCUUCUCACUUUUCUGCACAGUUCCGAAACCUUAUACUCGACAAUCGCUCUUUCACAGCUCCAAGGAGAUCUGAUCAAAAAUCUAUAAAGGUUUGACGAUAAUCGUUGAAGUUUAAGUCAAUGGCAGAAUCUACUCAGAUGGAAAUUCAGUCUGCAACUGAACCUAUGCCAAUGCCGGCUAAGCCAAUCUUUAAGCCAUUAAAGGCUCAUGAGAUGUCUGAUGGGAAGGUUCAGUUCAGAAAGGUAUCCGUCCCACCAAACCGGUACUCUCCUCUCAAGAAAGCUUGGUUAGAUAUCUACACACCGGUCUACGACCAGAUGAAAGUUGACAUACGGAUGAAUCUCAAAUCCCGCAAAGUCGAACUCAAAACACGAGCCGACACACCCGACGUCAGUAAUCUUCAGAAGUCUGCGGAUUUCGUACAUGCUUUCAUGCUAGGUUUCGAUAUCCCUGAUGCUAUUUCGCUUCUGAGAAUGGACGAGUUGUAUGUAGAAUCUUUUGAGAUCAAGGAUGUGAAGACCCUUAAAGGAGAGCAUCAGUCUCGAGCUAUUGGAAGAUUGUCAGGGAAAGGAGGAAAGACAAAAUUUGCUAUUGAGAACUCUACAAAGACUAGGAUUGUGAUUGCAGACACGAGGAUUCAUAUCUUAGGAGCUUUCUCUAACAUUAAGGUCGCAAGGAAUUCGUUGUGCAGUCUGAUUAUGGGAUCUCCAGCUGGUAAGGUUUACUCCAAGCUCCGAGCAGUCUCUGCCAGAUUAGCAGAAUGAAUCAAUUUUCUCUAAAAUGAUAUGGGUUUGAUAUGUUUGGAGAAUGUUUACAAUUUUGUAUGAAAUUUUGCAUAAGAAAACAUUAGAAAAGUUUUUAUUGUCAAUGUAUAACAAUAUUAUUGUUGUCUAUGUAAUUUUUUAAUUGA